AGCGCGGCGAGUCCUGGCCAACUUUCCCCGCCCCGCGGCAUUCCUGGGAACAUAAAUAGUGCCCCCCCCCGCCGGGGUGGGGUGCAGGGAUGGCAGGGAGGGCAGCAAAGCAGCUAUGAGCGAUAGGAAAUCACCCGCGAGUUCCUGCAGGAAAAUGCUAAGCCCCCGGGGCGGAGGAGGGGCGGCUGAGGAAGGUCUGCGGGUUUGUGUCAAGACUUGCAGCGGCGCACUCGCGGCAAAAAUUGGAGGAGGAAGAGACAGCAAGGAUCGGUCCAGAAAAGCAAUCAGGAAAAAAUUUUCAUCAUGGCAAAUAUCCACCAGGAAAACGAAGAAAUGGAGCACCCCAUGCAGAAUGGAGAGGAAGGCCGCCCUUUGGGAGGGGGCGAAGGCCACCAGCCAGCAGGAAAUAAUAGACGGGGACAGGCUCGCCGACUUGCCCCUAAUUUCCGAUGGGCCAUACCCAAUAGGCAGGUCAAUGAUGGGUUGGGUGGAGAUGGAGAUGAUAUGGAAAUGUUCAUGGAGGAGAUGAGAGAAAUCAGGAGAAAACUUAGGGAGCUGCAGCUGAGGAAUUGUCUACGUAUCCUUAUGGGAGAGCUGUCUAAUCACCACGACCAUCAUGAUGAAUUUUGCCUUAUGCCUUGACUCCUGCCAUUUUCCAUGAGAUUAAUACUGUGAUUCCCACUGUUUUAUUUUUCCUUGCAUUUUCCUGAUAUGCCUUUACUAAUCUGUUUGCUGUGAACCCUAUGUAAUUUCCAUGUGUCGGGUGGGUUCUGUGUGACCAGCUUCUCUUUGGAGAUCGUCUUGGUACCCAGUCUUAAGUUUCUGUCAACAGUAGAAUUUCUUCCAUCUGCAUGGAAAAAUGUAAAGUUAAUAAAGCAAUUAAAAGUCAA